UCGGGCGGCAGCCGCGGCCGGGGCGGGCGGCGGUGCCCCGUGGUGCGGUAUGUCCAAGACGCUGCGGAAGAAGCGGCACUGGCUGAGCAAGGUGCAGGAGUGCGUGGUCUCCUGGGGCGGCCCGGCGGGGCCCGACCCCGACCUCCUGCGCGGAGGCGCCGAGCGCGGCGAGUUCGCGUACCUGGCAGGCCGCCUGCUGCCGGGCGGCGAGGGCGCGCCGGGCCCCGCGCUGCUUUCGGGCAAGGCGCCGGCGCCGGGCGACGUGCUUCUGGAGGUGAACGGCACCCCCGUCAGCGGCCUCACGCACCGCGACACGCUGGCCGUCGUCCGGCACUUCAGGGAGCCUGUGCGCCUCAAGACCGUGCGCCCAGGAAAAGUCAUCAAUAAAGACUUGCGCCACUACUUGAGCCUUCAGUUCCAGAAGGGCUCAAUAGACCAUAAACUCCAGCAAGUGAUCAGAGACAAUCUCUACUUGAGAACCAUCCCUUGCACUACAAGGGCUCCCAGAGAUGGGGAGGUCCCUGGGGUAGACUAUAAUUUCAUUCCUGUUGAGCAGUUUAAAGCACUGGAAGAAAGUGGAGCCUUGCUAGAAAGUGGAACCUAUGAUGGUAAUUUUUAUGGUACUCCGAAGCCUCCAGCAGAGCCCAGCCCCUUUCAGCCUGAUCCAGUGGAUCAAGUUCUUUUUGACAAUGAUUUUGAUACUGAAUCACAGAGGAAAAGAACCACGUCAGUCAGCAAAAUGCAGAGGAUGGACAGUUCUCUUCCUGAAGAGGAGGAAGAAGAGGAAAAGGAAGCAGUUAAUGGCAGCGGAGGGAUAGAAAACAAAGAAAAACAUUCAGAUUCUCCUGACUGGAUGAAACCUGUUCCCAGCUACAACCAGACAAGCAGCUCCAUGGACUUCAGAAAUUACUUGUCGAGGGAUGAAACCCUGGAACCCCUGCCCAAGAACUGGGAGAUGGCCUACACUGACACUGGCAUGAUCUACUUCAUUGAUCAUAACACAAAGACAACCACUUGGCUUGAUCCACGCCUCUGUAAGAAGGCCAAAGCUCCUGAAGAUUGUGAAGAUGGAGAGCUUCCUUAUGGAUGGGAAAAAAUAGAAGACCCUCAAUAUGGAACAUAUUAUGUUGAUCAUAUUAACCAGAAAACUCAGUUUGAAAACCCAGUAUUGGAAGCCAAAAGAAAAAAACAGCUAGGACAGACUGAUGUUGGCCCUUCAAAAUCAGGAGCAGAGAAGUCUGUCUUCACUAGAGAUCCAUCCCAGCUUAUAGGAGCACUGAUACGGACAUCGCUGAAGAAAAGUACAAUGGGUUUUGGCUUCACAAUCAUCGGAGGGGACAGACCUGAUGAGUUUCUUCAGGUGAAGAAUGUGUUAAAAGAUGGGCCCGCUGCACAAGAUGGGAGAAUUGCACCAGGUGAUGUCAUUGUAGACAUAAAUGGAAGUUGUGUCCUUGGCCACACCCAUGCAGAUGUUGUCCAGAUGUUUCAGCUAGUUCCUGUCAAUCAGUAUGUGAACAUGACAUUGUGUCGUGGUUAUCCUCUUCCUGACGACAAUGAAGACCCUGUGGUAGAUAUAGUGACAGCUACACCUAUUAUCAAUGGACCGCCUGUGACCAAAGGAGAUGUUUCUCUGUCCAGCCAAGAUCUAAUACCAGGAACAGUUGUGUUGGACCAGAAUGGAAAACUGGGCCCUAUGUUGGUCAAUGGUCGUCUGAAUGGCCCUUCCAUGGAUACAGCUGAGCAGAGGAUCUCUCUUGCAUCUUCAGGAGGCUCUCAGCCAGAGCUGGUCACCAUUCCUCUAGUCAAAGGUCCUAAAGGCUUUGGGUUUGCCAUUGCAGACAGUCCUACAGGACAGAAGGUGAAGAUGAUUUUAGACAGCCAGUGGUGCCAAGGCCUUCAGAAAGGUGACGUAAUCAAGGAGAUUUGCCAUCAGAAUGUACAGAGCUUGACACACCUGCAGGUGGUGGAGGUACUGAAGCAGUUUCCAGUAGGAGCAGAGGUGCCACUGCUUAUCUUAAGAGGAGGUCCACCCUCACCUACUAAAACUGCCAAAGGGAAGGACAAGCAGGACAGUUCAGGGAGCUUGGAAGCUGUCAGCGAUACCAUCCCACAGCCAAUGCCAUUUCCACCCACUGCUGUACGACCAGGCUCUCCUAAACUGGACCCUUCAGAAGUCUACCUGAAGUCUAAGACUAUAUAUGAGGACAAACCUCCAAACACAAGAGAUUUGGAUGUUUUCCUACGAAAACAAGAGUCAGGCUUUGGUUUCCGGGUGCUUGGAGGGGAUGGACCAGAUCAGCCCAUUUAUAUUGGAGCCAUAAUCCCGUUGGGAGCAGCAGAGAAAGACGGCAGGCUUCGAGCUGCGGAUGAGCUGAUGUGCAUCGAUGGAAUCCCUGUGAAAGGGAAGUCACACAAACAAGUUUUGGACUUAAUGACCAGUGCUGCACGGAAUGGUCAGGUGCUGCUCACAGUCCGGAGGAAGAUCUUCUUUGGUGGGGAAAAGCAAGCAGAGGAGGAGGAGUCACAGCCUGUCUUCACACAAAACGGCUCUCCCCGGCUGAAUCGGGUGGAGUUUGCAAACUUGCAGUCCCCAGAGGUCUACGAUGUCCGUCUGCAGCGGAAGGAGAAUGAAGGAUUUGGCUUCGUCAUCCUCACCUCAAAGAACAAACCUCCACCUGGUGUGAUUCCUCACAAGAUUGGGCGAGUUAUAGAUGGGAGCCCAGCUGACCAGUGUGGGAAGCUGAAAGUGGGAGACCGUAUCUCGGCAGUGAACGGUCAAUCCAUCGUUGAGCUCUCACAUGACAGCAUAGUGCAGCUCAUCAAGGAUGCAGGCAACGUGGUGACUCUGACUGUUGUGGCUGAGGAAGAACACCGUGGUCCUCCCUCGGGAACAAACUCCGCCAGGCAGAGUCCAGCUCCGCAGCACCGACCACUGGGGUCAGCCCAGAUCAACACUUCCAGCACAGACAGGGGAGCUACGGAAAGUGAAACUGGAAAAGAAGUUUCAAGUAGUUACAGGCUUUCCUGGCCUGAGCAUAAGCACUUGACACAGUCUGAUGCUGGCGUGGCUUCAGUUGUUGGUAGCCGUCAUUCCCAGAAUCCUGGCUGUUUCCCAGUGGAGUUGGAAAGGGGCCCUCGAGGGUUCGGAUUCAGCCUUCGAGGAGGAAAGGAAUACAACAUGGGUUUAUUCAUCCUUCGACUUGCUGAAGAUGGGCCAGCUGUCAAAGAUGGGAGAGUACAUGUCGGUGACCAAAUUGUUGAAAUUAAUGGAGAACCCACCCAAGGAAUCACUCACACACGAGCCAUUGAGCUGAUUCAGGCUGGAGGGAAUAAAGUUUUGCUGCUGCUGAGACCGGGGACUGGCUUGAUUCCAGAUCAUGGUUUGGCUCCUUCCAGUCUGUGUCCCUACGUGAAACCUGAGCAACAUUAAGGGCUUUCAGUGCUUUUCUUGGUUUUUCCUUAAAGACUUGGUGAUUGGGAUAGUUCUAAUCCAUCUUCGUUAAAUGUAAUAUAUGAAGAACAGUCACCAUUAUCUUCAUCUUCACAUUCUGCUUCCCCAUCUGAAGUGUGUUAUUUACCAGUACCAGGAGAAGCUUUAACAAGAGUCCAGCUGUCUGAGAAACUGGAACAAGCAAAGAACACUGUGCCUGAAAAGAUAAGCACUUUAACUGAAAACCAGUUUGAGAUGAAGCCUCAGUCUUCUCCCCAGAGAACAAAGAACAGAUGGGAAUGUCCCUCCAGUCCUGGGUUUGAAAUCACAAAAGGUACUUUGGAAGUAAGGACCACAAGAGACAGAUCGGCAAGUCCAGAAAAGUUUGGGGCUGCUGAGAGCCACCCUCAGGCAGGAUUCCACAGACAAGGGGAUCCUGAAAAAUCCUACGGCAAUCUCUCACAUAAAUCUGAGGGUUCCAGAAAGAGUGAGAGUAAAGCCACAGAAAUAGGGAUGAACAAUAGUAACAGAAAAGAGUAUUCCAGUGGAAAUCCAGGAAGAGCUGCCAGUCCCCACAAGCAUCUCGGUAAGCAAGGAAGCGUAGAAACGCUCAGCAGGUUACAGGAAUAUCAAGAUAGAACAACUGGUGGUGAUAAAACAACUGCUGAGCAAUUGAAAGGUGGAAGUGGUAAAAUUGGAGUCACCUGGAAAGACAUAAAGCAGAAAACUUCUGGAAAGAGGGAAGGAUGGUCUCCAGAGAGACAAUACGCAGCAUUUGACGAAUAUCAUCUUCCAUUCAGUGACUCUAGGAAAAACACACCUGAAGACGAAAAAAUGAAGAAGUCAAACUCUGGAGAACCAAGUUCCAGCAGAUUCAAGACUUCCAGCCUUUCCAACAUUCCACUGCUUUCCGUGGAGAAACAGAGAAGGCUGGAAACACAGGACACUAUUACACUGACCAGACAACAUGGAGAGAGACACAUGGAGCUGCCCGAUGAAACCAAAGAUGAUGGAAUUUCCAAAUCUGAGAGUAGUUCUCCAGUCAAGAAAACACCAAUAACUCCUGGACCUUGGAGGGUACCGAGCGCCUGUAAAGUCACCCCAGCAGCAGGUGUGGCUGAAAAACGGGCCUGACUGACACUUUUUUAGAACCUGUUUUAAUCAAGUUUCUAAUAACGGUCAUUUAAAAGCGUUGUUUCUUUUCACAGAGUUGUCAUUUUUCUUCCAGAAACUGGUUAGAGGGUGGAAAGUAUUUGAUUUGUUCUUAAAUUAUCUAAGCUGCAUGAAGGACCUUUUGGAUUGCUUAACUGAAACUUCCUAAGCUGCUGUCCCCUUGCCCUUUUGAAGGCAGUGUUCUGCUGCUCAUCAUUGCACUGCUACAGCUUUCUCUGAUAGUAUUGUGAGUUUCUGAACAAAUUAUUUAAUGCCUAUAUCGCAAAUGUGAUCAUGACUCACUCCUUGUUCUUGUGCCAAGUUAUCCGUUGUAUCCAAGUCCAUCUAAUCCUUCUCCUAUGUACUCCAGUCACAGAAGAGGCAGGUGUCUGAAGUGGGUGUUUGCUCCAGAGCAUGCUGCAUGUUUACACAAGGAAGCACCCAUGUUCUUACUGAGUCAGUAAGACGAUGGGUGAGUUGGUUCUGUCGAUUCCAGGGCAGCAACGAGCCACUGAUGCUGUUCAAUUAAGGGGUUUUCUUAAAUUUUUAUACCUACUACAAAAUCCUGUAAGUAAAAACUAUAUUUCACAUAAUCACUGUUUUGUAAUUUUGCUUGUUAUGACCAUGGCAAAAAUGGCUUUAUUUUCUUGACUCAUCAGGAUGCUUGGAAUAGCUGUGUGCACACAUCUGAAAAUCCUGCCUUCUGUUGAGUAACAUCAUCCCUUCAGGUUCACUUGUGGCACCAUGGCCCCCUCAAUGCGCUUGGUCAGUGUGAGCAGUGAGUGUACAUCUUCAGCCUCGCUGUGCUGCUAUGUACUGAAUCCCAGAAUUACUUCAUGUAAUGCUAGUUGGGAAUCAGAUUUUUUUUCCUUCUGUAUGAAACCAGGUGACCUUUAGGACAGAACCAGCUUCUCACUCUUUCCUGUGUGGAUUGGACAUCUCCCAUAUUUUACUUUGAAUGCGUGAUCUGUUCUAAGAGCACUAAAUAGGUGAUAUACAGGGUCCAUGAGGCUUAAUAUCUAUUGUUUGGGCUAGAAUACCCAAACAAUAGAUAUUAAAAAGAGGAGUGAUGCCACCAGAUGCAUCAGUCCUACAGCUGGAAGAACAGCAGGCUGCAUAAAUGGAAGAGGUUUAUCAUUUUAGUGAUGAUUUCCUGACAGAUUUUUAGGGACUGUGAAAAGUGGUAAGAGGAGCCCGUUGGUGCAGUUUGGAGGAGGAAGUGUCAAAGGCCGAGCUUUAUGUACUCACGUCAGAAUUCAAGCUAAUAUGACUUGCUGUUUGAAUGAGUUAAUAUCUCAUUUUGGCUUUGAAACAUGAAAUGUUUCCUAAAGAGUAACGAAGCACAGGGUGUCAGUUCCGAGUGGAAUUCUUCAGCAGUACAAAUGCUGCUCAAACAGCGACCUUGGAAAUUAAGCUGGCUUUAAAGCCGAGCUGAACUGUGCUCUGCUGCUGGACCUCGGGUGAUCCAGUGAGAGUUGCUGUGUAGCAUAAUACAUGCAAAUACCCCCUUUUGGGGAGUACGACUGUGAAAAUAUUUAAUACUUUGAAGUAGCCUGUGUAGAUAUUAACCAUGUAUUCUUAUCUGGAGAUUCUGUUCUACGUGGAGUUGUAUGCACUCGCAUACCUGACUACCGAGUACAGUAACAAAUUCAGACAUUGAACACGAAGGUGACUUACACCACCGAAAUCCUCUCCCCAUCAUAACCACCUCCCCUAUUUUUUCUCUCUGUUACUGUGACCUGAUUUCGUGUCUUCCCUGUCUGUGAUUUCUCCUUCCAUAGAACUUGUAUCCGUUCCAACUGUAACAGAUGACUUAGCGACGUGGCCUUGGAAUGCUAAGUAAUGUAUGGAUGUACUGGGUGUAAAUGUUUAUAUAUUGUACAGCACCUUUAUACAUACUUCUGAGGUUCUGACUAGAGAGAGACCUGUAAAUCGCUCAUUAUUUUUUAUAUAGAUAUUAAAAAGAAACUCCAGUUCA